GAGUAGCUGCAGGCUAUUAUUUUUGAAGUAAAGGAGGGAGGCUGGAGUGUGUGUGUGAGACAGAGAGAAAGAGAGAGGGAGAGAGGAUUGGAGCAGCAGAGAACUUCCCCCGCUCCAGAGUGAAGGAACUAAGAUCUCAGCCUUGUUUUUGAAACUUGCAGUAAUGUGAAAAACUUCACAGUUGCAACGCGUCUCUCAACUGAAGCUGCCUGUGGGAUUCGGAGCUGGGCGGGAGACCCUGCACGAGCAGAAACUGCAUGCUAUCUCAAAGGGUCAGUCGAGUUGUAUGGGCCAGACCUUUGAGAACUCUGUAAAGCUCACUCUGGGCUAGCCACAUGUAGACAGGGGAGCGGCCGUGUACCUAAGAAACUGGCAGCAGCCUCUGGGACUGACUGCGGUGGGACUAUGAGAGACAGACAACGAUGGAUGAGUAGGCUUUCCUGGACGUCUCUGUUUGUUGGAUUCCACCUCUUGACCAUCCUUCAGUGCUCAUAUACACACAGGAAGGUACCUCAGCGGAAAUCGAGGCAGGCGGCCCUCGAGGCGGUGGAGGGGAUUGCCGGGGUCUGGAGUUCCUGGGGAGCCUGGUCGUCGUGUUCUAGCUCGUGUGGGUCAGGCAUCUCCCACCGGAGCCGCCGAUGCCUCCCACAGGAGAACGAGGCCCAGGCAUGGUCUGGCUGGGAGCCUGCCCGGGCUGCAGAGGCAGAUAACCGAUGGGAGUCCUACCCCGAGCGGGCCGUCUCGGCCUUGAGGCGGACCUACCCUCUGCAUGUGGAGAGCGAAGCCCAACUGGUUCCCAACGGCCGCCACGCCCUGCCUCUCUACGGGGAGUCCCGCGCGACAAGCCAGCAAGGGGCCAGCCUCUACACCCCUGCCAAUGGGGAGCCGCUCUCGCGCCACCUCUACGGGCGGCCGGCCAAUCGAGGCUCUCUACCCCUCUACCGCACCAACGGGCAGUCCGGUCACGAGAGGCAGCGGGGCUCGGCCAAUGGGGAGACGGCGUCCCCGUACGGGGCUUGGGAUUCGAUUGGUCGGGACUCCGGCUCCUCCUCGAGACCCCAACUGACACCCAAUCAGAGCACGGCGCAGCAGCCCAGGCAACGCAGCGCCCCCAACUGGAGGGUCUCGGCUGGGAAUCGAAGGUCCCUCAACCGCCAGGAGUUACACCCGACCAACAGAUCACAGGGCAGGAGCGUGAUCCGUCCCGGACAGUACGGAUAUGGGAGGGUCCCCUCAAACUUCCAGCUGAAUGGGGCCAUGGCCCACCUCCUGCAGACGACUCCCGGCCGUCACCCAAUGGCAAAGGAGGGCGGCUCCCAGCAGACCGCAAGCCCCGAGGCCUCGCCCCGGAGGAGGUGGGCUGCCAGGCGGGUGCAGAGGGCUCCCAAGGCCCAGGCCGAAGAUUCCGUUAAGGGCCGGAGUUGGCAGGCCGCUGAAGGUCGCAUGGAUGGCCAGGCUUCAGAGGCUCCAGUCAGCAGGGCCCCACUCACCAGGCCGCAGAAAGUCCGCUUUGCCAAGGCUCUCAAGCUGGAAGAGGGAGACGGGCCUGCAAAUUCACCAAGUCCUGAAGACCCUCUCUCUCCUGUGGAACGUGGCAGGGGUGUGCGUCGUCAAAGAGACCUGUGGCCCUUGGCGACUGAUGAAAUGCAGCCGCUGAAGUCUACCAGCUAUGCUUCUCGGGAGCGGAAUUUCACCUCAGCUGGUGGUCCCGUGUCUAUUUCCCAGGCCCCGGACAUCAGUGGGCCAGAUGGGAGGGUGUGGCAGGAGGGCAUGGGAGGACAGAGCCAGACUAGACCUCCAACCAAGAGAAUGCAAAAGUUAAACCCUGAGCUGGAUACGGCGAAGGCAGCGCAGAGGAAGGGUGUGUGGCGUGCCGGGUUUCCCCAGGCCAAGGUGGAUACUCCACAUUGGCCCACCUACAAUGAGUCGUCCGGGCAUGGCCUUCAGGCCCAGGCCAAGGGGGCAAAGGAACGUCACAGGAACCGGCAGGAUCCCGGGCGGAGAGUCAGCCGGCCGCGAAGGCAGAACUAUGGAGGGCCACUGGACCCUGGGGCAGAGGGGCACCAGGACUGGAAUCCACAUCAGUGGCUGACUGCGUCCUGUCCGGGAACCGACAAACAGUACAAGAUGUGCAGCUUGUCACCCUGUCUCACGGGUGAGACGGACCCCCGAAAAGUCCAGUGCGCUCACUUCAACAACCUGCAGUUCAUGGGUCGAUAUUACAAGUGGGAACCUUUCUCUGAAGCCCUUACAGCCCCUCCCUAUCUCCAACCCUCUUCCAGGCCCUCCACUCCUACCUCUGUCACCACCUCCAACCCCCCAAAACCCACUCCCUAUCUUUGUCACCUCCUCCAGCACCCUACGCCUCCUCCGUAUCUUUCCAACAUCAAGAUGUCAUCAUCCCUGGGCUGUGUGGACACCAUUCCUUCACCUGGAAACUGCCUCAUUCCGAUCUUUGAAGCACACCAUGAGGCAGUGUUUAACCCUGCAUUCAAUCCUCCUCUCCCGUCCUCCCUCCUUGACCAUCCUGUGGUCUGCGAUGGGGGCGGUUGGAGCGUUGGGGCCUGGUCUCAGUGCAGCAAGAGCUGUGGACGGGGAAUUUACCACCGACAGGUUCUGUGUCGACAGGCAUAUGCCAACCGCACGGUGGCAGUUCACCCGCGUCACUGCACCCACCUGGAGAAACCAAACACCACCCAGCCGUGUGAGAGCCGACCGUGUACCCACUGGCAGAUCCAAACGGACUGGGAGUCGUGUUCUGUACCGUGUGGAGUGGGACAGAGAAAGAGAAACAUCCGAUGUGUCAGCAACCAGGGCAACGUGGUGGGCGAGGGAGAAUGUAGUGCCAAACAGAAACCCACCGACAGUGAGGCUUGUGACAUGGGCCCCUGUGUGACCAGCUGGUUCUACACAGACUGGAGCAGCAAGUGCUCAGUGGACUGCGGUCUCGGGAUACAGAAGAGGUCUGUUGUCUGUUUGAACAACGACAUUGGGGAGCACUCAGUGGGGAGCUGUGAGGAUCCGAGACCCCCUGACAGCAGGGCCUGUACCCGGCCACACUGCCCCCGGCAGGUCCAGUGGUACGCCAGUCCCUGGAAGCAGUGUCCUGUUCAGUGUGGGAACGCGACCCAGAAUCGAGAUCUCAUCUGCGUUGUCAAAGUGGGGAACAAUUUCACAGUGACAGCCCCUUCGGAGUGCGCGCACCUCGAGAAGCCUCCCUCUGUGCAGCCCUGCAAUGCGGGUCCCUGCGGCUCCCAAUGGUUCACCACCGACUGGAGCGAGUGCUCCAAGUCCUGCAUGGGAGGAGUCCAGGCGAGGGAGGUGCGGUGCCUGGACGAUGGUGGCUUUCCCAGCAGCCUUUGCAACGAGGCCCAGAGGCCCAUUGACCAACGGAUCUGCCAUAGUCACCCCUGCCUCCCGGACCUCGAUGAGAACUGCAAAGACAAGGACUACAACUGCCAGGUGAUAGUUCAGGCUCGGCUCUGCGUUUACUCCUACUACAAGGAUGUCUGCUGUGCGGCCUGUACUCACGCUGAGCGCCGGGCCUCAGGCUCGCGAGGGCGCCACACUCCGGGACGGGACCGGGGAACCUGAGGACGCCGCCGGCCUCUCCUCCUCCUCCUCCCUCACUGUCUCCUCCACCUCCACCGCCCAUCCCACCCACCACGACCCUCCGUAUAGUCACAGCCUCAAGCCAAGAGCCACCGGCCCACUGCCGCCAUCGCUCCCAGGCUGCCCUGUCGCCCACAGGCUAGGCCUCAGGCCUGGUGGACAGCCGACACAGUUACUUCCUCGCCGAGGCAACGUUUCAGCUUCCCUCGAAGGCGAGGUACACGGCUCAGGGCCACGACUGAAACCGGUUUUAAUUUAUUUAUUAUCUCUGUCACCCCCUCCAUCCCCCUACACCCCCUCCCUAUCUCUGUCACCCCCUCCAUCCCCCUACACCCCCU